AGAGCCAAAGCCCAGGUAAGGUGUGAGUAUUCAUUAGCGCUUCACAAGCAGGUUGCGGCAUAAGUAACACAUCACAUGUAAUGAGCAAUUUUGUUAUAACUGUUAUUAACCAUACUUGAAAUGGGCUGAAAAAGUGGACUAAACCCCAGACUUUUAAAUUAUUCACACAGGGCUCUGUUUUAAAUUGAGUAGGUUUACUCUUUUGGUAUUUCAAGCAUUUGUGUUUCACCAUACAGUCCAACAGAGCAGAUUCUUGCUGAAAUGGUAAAGCUUCAAAGCAAAGCUCCUUGCUUGGUGAUUCCUGUAGGUUUCACAGUGCUAUGGAGGAAGCAUUACUGCAGCAGCCCAUGGCAGUGUUCCUUGGAUGAGAUUGUAUCUAGCAGAAUGGGAGGUGUUUUGGGACCUUCUGUCGCAUGUGCAUCCUGCCUUGCUUUACCUGAGCAGUUCUGAGGCUAAGCCUGCACUGCUGAACUUCACCAGGUGCUGUGACCCACAAAGGACACUGCAUCUCCUAAAUCCCCUGUGAAAUCCCACUAGAAAGCAGUGUCAUGUCCCUGUCUGUAGUUCCAAGGUAAGUACCUCCAUGGGGUUGUUCUGUAGGAGGGCUGAGUCUGUGCAUGGGACCACAGUGUCAAAAGACUUGUGUAAAACAAGAUUUUUUUUUUAAAAUGCAUCUUGUAUCAGGUUUAGGAGCUCUGUUUUUUUGCAAAAGGGGUUUUCGUAUUUGUAGGUGCUGCUGCAGUUUUUAAAUGUGUGACUGUCCGCAAGCUGCCCCUAUCUUCUGUCCCCAUAAAAUGGAAUGUAGGUGUAAGUAUGUGGAUAAAUUGGGUAUGAAUUGGCAGCUGCAGUGUCAGGGGCUGGCCUUUGCCAUGUGUAGUUGGGAUAUGUGUCUAGGUAUCCCAGCUGUGGCUAGCUUUUACCUGAGCUGCAGAUGAAUCUGGGUCUAGAUACCAGUCCAGGAGAAGAAAAGCUUGCGGGACGCAUCCUUCCAGGCCUUUGCAUUUGUGCCUCCUGGGAUGAAAUGAUCUAGAAAAUCCCAGCCUUCUGUACCGCUCUUGAAAUGAGGUCAGGGGGUCAGUCUAGCCCCAUAAUUCCUGCUCUGGGGCAGCUCAUUUCCCUUUCAACAUGAAGGGUGUCUGCAUGCCUCAGUUGGCUCCUGGCUCUGCGAGGAUUUUGUAGAAGUACAUCCUGUAACCUUAUGUCCUAACCGCUGCGUCCCCAGCCCCUCUGGGUGCGUGUCCUGACUAGAGCGGGUUGAACGAUCCCAAUGAGUGUAAUAAACACAGAUUAUGUUGCGAAACCCACUGUGGGUAGGUAUGGUUUGGGCUUCUUCAUUAGACCACGCUCAAACCUCUGCCGUAGGACCAGAGCAGAAGAGGAGCUGCUCUCAGAAUAAACAGGAUUUUCAUGCUGGAGAGUAGAGAUGACUCCCUGUAUUCUAUAUGAUCAGGGAAUGUGGACUGGAUGAUGCUGGGUGGGAACAAAAGCACCAUGUCUGAGCAAGCUUGAUGUGCAGGUGCUGAUGCACUGAGCAAGGCUGCUUUCUUGCACCUAGCAGAGAUGGGGCUUAAGGAUCAAAUCCCUGCUCCUGAAGCCAUAAAACUCCUCCAAUUCUGAGCAGCGGGUUGUGCCACAGAGGAGGAGUUGAGAGCAGCCACAUUUUGAUGACCUGCCUGCGCAGCAGCCUCUUCAGGUCGAGGAAAUAAUGUGAGCUGGUAAGAAAAAAAAAAACAAAACCACACCUCCUUUCCUCUCCCAGCAGGGUACUACGCUCUCACUGGGCAGAAGGAAAAACAAAUUAGAUUUAGAAAUUGUUAUUAUUUGAGCUUAACGGCAAGGCUGAAGUCAACAGUUGGGAGUGCUUAGAGCUCGUUAUCUGCGGUAGUGAAGGCGAUAGCUUGGAGUGAUCCCUGGGAAUGGGGUUCCCUGUGCAAGUGCCAUCCUGGCAGAGAGCUGGGGACUGCGGGGGGACCUGGCAGUGUUUGGCAGCUGGUUUUUCUUGCUUUGACUCUACUUGUCCUGCUCAGUGGUGCCAACGGAGCAGAAGCUGCCCACAACCCCCCAUGGGGGGGCAUCGGGUAAAGAGCCCUCAUCCCGUUCCCCAGGCAGGGCGAGGGUUCAGUCCCAAAGGAGUCCGGCGAUGCCAAGAAGGGCUUUGUCACAGCCACGAACAGGAUUUAGGCUUGGGCACGGCGCGGGGCUGAACGUCCCCCAACACCACCAGGUUUCUGCUUUGGGCAGGGUUUCAGCGCUGCCUCUCCAUGGCAGCCAGUGGGGAUGAGGAGGGUCCCCCCUUCUCUCCCCGUACAGCCCGGUGCUUUCCGGGCUGCCGUUGGCGCAGCCGUUGGCGCAGCCGGUGGAGCCGUUGCUUGGGAACGGCAGUCGGAUGCAAACAGAAGCAGGGACUGGUGUGCCGAGCAUCUCUGUGCCCCAGCUCCCUGGAAGGAGGGUGAGGAUGGAUGGUUUACGUGAAAUUACACUGGACGACCCAAGUGGGGGAAGAGAUGGAGUAAGCAGCGAGCCCAAGGAGACAUCCCAGGACAGACAGACAGCCCGGGAGAUGGCCGUGUUGCCUGAGCGGGACCCUCUUGCUGCUGCCAAGGAGAAGAAAGGAGCACCAGAGGAUGCUGGAGCAGAUCCACUGUUGGGUCUCCUGUGGUCUCCUUCAGGGAUGGGGAUCCCAGAUACCCUGCCCAGCACCUGGGCUGCGAGGCAAGACACGACCGCCUUGAGGACUGCCCUGGGAGAAGACACUGCUGGGACAAUGCUCUUGGAGGGUGCUGGACCCCCUGGACCACACCCAGCACUGCCUGAGCCCAAGGGGACCGUUUCCAACCCUCGCUCAGGCUGCAGGGAGCAGGAAACACAAGAGAGGAGCGGGGAGGACGAUGGGUGCAAUGGCUCUGCCAGCUUGGUGUGGGCAGCCACGCCAGGGAUGCUCUUCCAGGAGGAUAAGCAGACCAAACUUCACCCCCUUAGCCUGUCCUGGGUGUUGGGCUACAACAGCAGCCUGGCCGUGCACAGCCUGAUGGACGGGGAGGACCGGGUGCUCCUGUAUGUCUCCUCCCACACGGUGGUCAUCCACGAUGUCCUGGGGAACAGGCAGUCCCACCUGCAGGGCCACACGAAUGUCAUUUCUUGCCUGUGCGUGAGUGAAGACAGACGCUGGGUGGCAACCGCCGAUCGAGGGCCAGACGCUCUGAUCAUUGUGUGGGACUCCUUCUCCGGGAUACCGGUGCGCACCAUCUUUGAGAGCCAUCCAGAGGAUGGGGUCAGUGCUAUUGCUAUUUCCCAGGAUGCAAAGUAUUUGGCAACCAUUAGUGCUGGUACAGUGCAGAGAGUUUGUGUUUGGAAGUGGACUUCGCCCACAGAGAAACCCAUGUGCAGCACGGAGCUGAGGCCUGAGUUUGGGUAUCAGGAUUAUGUAAUUUUUAACCCUCAAAAUCCCUGUGAGUUUGUCAGCAACAGCAAAACCCAGGUGAUAUUUUACCUGUGGGGCGAUGCUGGUUUGCAGUACGGAGCGCCGCUCCUGAGCAUCCAGACCUUCAACAGUGUGGUGGGACACUUCAGCCAGUCAGUUUUUCAUUUUAACAACUCCCAAGCUCUGACGGGCACCUCUGCUGGGAAGCUGGUGGUGUGGGAUGUGGUCGGUCCCCGCACCCCCUCCAAGGAACUGCAGGCCAAGCCGCACAGCAUGAAGGCCACCAAACUGGUGCCUAUGCAGAAGGACAGCCUUACUGUGCUCAAGGUGCUUGAGAGCUGCAUAGUAACAGGUGAUGUGAAAGGUCAGGUUAAAUUCUAUGACGGGCAGCUGCAGCUCCUCACCUGCUACAGCCACAGCAAAGUGGGUCCCAUUCGGUCCAUCUCUUUCUCCAAAACCCCUCCUGAUCCUCCCAGUGCCUCCCCAGCCUGCUCCACCUCCUGCAUUCCCAGCAGCCAGCCCUUCGUCAUCAGGAACUUUAUCCUUUCAACCUCCAAUGCAACUGUGCUCCAUGUUGCAACAGACAGGACAAACUUUGAAAAAGUCAUGGAAGAGGCGAAGAAAGCUGUGAACGCUGUUGCCUGUCACCCCCGGCAGGCACUUGUUGCUGUGGGGAGUGACUGUGGGCUGCUGAAGGUGUGGGACUACCAGCAGACCAAGCACCUUGUUAGCAGGAUAUUCACUGAGGCCGGCAUCCAGUGCUUGUCCUAUGACCCUCAAGGUUAUUUUCUGGCCGCUGGUUUUACUGAUGGAAGCGUUUACAUCCUCGAUGCCAUUUCCCUUCAGUCUAGCUGCAGAGAGUUCAAGUUCUCACGUGGUCCCAUAACUCAUAUUAGCUUCUCUCAUGAUUCAGAGUACUUCGCAACUGCUGAUGAGAAAUACUCAGUGACUGUUUACAAGAGUGUCCUGCAAAAUGGGAGCAGAUGCUGGGAACACCUAGCAGGGCUGCACUCCCACUACAAACCCAUCCGGAGCAUUCUCUUUGGGGUCCAGUUAGACAGCAACGAGCCCAGGCUCCUGAGCCUUGGAGAGGACCGGCAGCUGGUUGAAUAUGACCUGAACAGCAGCAGCAAGGACCACUUGGUGGUCUUGCACAGGGACCGCAUAGAGCAGAUUGCUGUGCCCCUGUGCUUGGCCUGGUACCCACAGCUCAGCACCGAGUCCUUUAUCCUCACUGCCAACAACUGCUACAAAAUGAAGCUCUACAACACAACGACCAAAAUGUGCAGAAAGACCCUUUUGGGACCAACCUAUGGCUCCCCAUUGGAGAAGAUACAAAUCCUCCCACCAACAAACUCUACAGACCCCCAGAAACGCUAUCUGGCAUACAUUACAAAGGACAAGGUGGGCUUGCAGAUUUUGCCUGUCGAUGGCAACCCCCACAAAUCCUCAGCUUUCAUUUGCCACCCGGAUGGUGUCUCUGACCUUGCUAACUCCUAUGACGGAUGUUACGUCUUUACAGUGGGGGGGAAUGACUGCACUCUUAUGAAAUGGGAGGUCAACCUAAAUGCCUUGGAUGCUGCUGCUUCCCUGGGUGGGGAGGACUUGAUCCCAUUCUACAACCUACUGGAUGGUGGCAGAGAAGGCGAAUUCUUCAGGGAACUGGAAGACUAUUUUUACUAUGCACAGCUGCGCAGCCAUGGUAUCGAUACACUGGAGACCAGACAGGUGUCAACGCAUAUUCCCUUGGAGGAAAUUCCUUCUGUAAUGAGAGCAAUGGGAUUUUAUCCAUCAGAGGAAAAGAUUGAAGAAAUGAUAAAUGAAGUAAAAUUCAGCAAGUAUGUGGAUACUGGAGAACAAGUGACAAAAAUCAAUUUAGGGGAUUUUAUCAAACUUUAUAUAAAUCAUCGACCUGCGUUUGGCUUGUCAAUGAAAAAAAUACAACAAGCAUUUCACGUUCUUGGUUAUGAUAAUGAGAAUGGAGACAAAGUUAUUGACAGAGGAGACUUACUGUUGCUGCUUCAGUGCAGAGGAGAGCAUAUGACAGAGGACGAGCUGGUGCAGUGUCUGACCACCCUGCUGGGCAGGUGUCCUGCAGGAGGAGGAUCUGAACUGGACACCUAUGAUCCCUCAGGUGCAGCAGCUUUGACUGAAGAAGAAAUUCCAGCAGAAAUCACAGCGGAGAUAUUCACUACUGACAUUCUUGGCUUACCUAUUGCUGAACCAAAGAACAGAAAAAAAAGAGAUGAAUCUUUGAUCUACAAAGACUCAGAAUCAUAGCUGCCACAAAGUUUUCUACUCGUUCCUACUUUCCAGUCUCCUCUCCUCAAAUAUCUGCAAAAUUUCUAUUUUGUGUUUAUUACAAAGUAAAGGUCACAUAGUUUCAUAUUAAUCAAACUCUAGAAUAAGCCCCCAGUUUAGCACAUGCCACAAACCUAUGGGAGCAAACCUACGUAGGGCAACACUGGGGUGGCUGUAAAGAACGAAGCAGUAGUUACUGCACUGUCUUCUUGCAUUGGCCACCCCAUCCUUGGCUGGAAGCUUCCUAGAAUUCGUUUCAGGUGGGCUUAUGCCAGAUGCAGUCUAUUUUCAUUACAUUAAGACAGUAUUUAUUUGUGAAACCUGACAGCAAAAGAGCAAUCGAAAAGUAUUGUAUUGAUUAAAUACACUGAUAAAUGUAGUGUAUAAAAUGCUUGGAUAGGUUAGAAUGGAUUUGCAAUUAUAAAUCCAAUGGACCUCAGUAAAAAAAAAGGAAUGCGGUGAUAUAUAUUAAAACCAGAUUUCCAUUUUGGCCUUUAAAA